GACACACGAGCACAUGAAGGCGCAUGAACGCCAUCUGCUUCGUGUGCAGGGUACACGUUAACAAAGCAAUAAUAAUAUGAAUUAAACGAAAAUGUAAAAAGGCAUUGGAUAUACCGUGCAAAUCGUAUAAAUGAAGACCAUCGUAUGUUGGGCUGACCCGUCGCAUUGUCGUACUUUAAGUGUUCUGGCAACACUACAAAUUUCCACACGUGCCGGAACAAGUUAACCUGCGUGAAAAUAUGUUCUCCCCAAGAGACUCGGGUAAAUCAGAUUACAUUAGUUUAAAUAUUCACGAAGGUGCAUCGUUUGCCCGGGGCACUUCGCGCAGUUUGUGGAGACAAUGGAACCAACUGUCCAGGUUACAAAGAAAUAUCCUGUAUUUUGCAAUAAUCACAGUUGUACUUGUAAUAUUUUAUCUCCUGCCUAGCGAAGCCAAAGCUGGUACCUCUGACAAUGAGGUAGAUUAUAGUAAUGUAGAAGUUGUACAAGAAACUGCCAAGUAUGAAAAGGCAGUAGAUGAAGUUGUUGUAGAUAAUGAUGAACAGGGUGCUGCACCUGGUGAAGUAAUCGAGGAGCCUGAGUUUCAGCCAGAAAUUAAUCAAGUUGAUGAUGAUCAAAUUGGAGAACCACCACAGCCAAAGCCAAACAUCUUGAGAUUUAAUGGUCCACAAAACAAUAGGCAAGAAGCUGUUGUAGCUGCAUUUAAACAUUCCUGGAGUGGGUAUAAAAAAUAUGCAUGGGGUCAUGAUAACGUCAAACCAAUAUCAAAGAGAUAUCACGAAUGGUUUGGUUUAGGCCUCACUAUAGUUGAUUCAUUGGAUACUAUAUAUAUAAUGGGAUUAUAUGAUGAAUAUUCAAAAGCGAGAAAAUGGGUAGAAGAUAAUUUAGUGUUUACAAUGAAUAGAGAUGUUAAUUUAUUUGAAGUUACAAUUAGAGUGUUAGGUGGUUUGUUAGCAGCGUAUCAUCUCUCGGGUGAUAUACUCUUCUUAAAUAAAGCUAUGGAUUUAGGUGAUCGUAUGAUGCCAGCGUUUUCUACCAGGUCGGGCGUUCCGUACUCUGACGUGAAUCUAGGUACUAGAAGUGCACAUAGCCCCAAAUGGGGACCAGAUAGUAGUACGAGUGAAGUUACUUCCAUUCAAUUAGAAUUUCGUGAUCUUAGUCGUAGUACAGGGCAACUUAAGUUCGAGACUGCGGCGGCGAAAGUAUCCGAACAUGUACAUAAGUUAGAAAAAUACGAUGGUUUAGUUCCAAUUUUUAUUAACGCUAACACCGGACAGUUUCGGGAGUACGCUACUAUUACGUUAGGAGCUCGUGGCGAUAGUUACUAUGAAUACUUAUUAAAACAGUGGUUACAAACUGGAAAAACCAUAGACUACCUACGCGACGAUUACUUGUUAGGCAUUGCUGGUACGCAGAAGCAUCUCGUUAAAUACACAGCGGUCAAUAAAUAUCUAUUCAUCGCUGAAUUGGUCGGCGCCAACAAAGAAAUUAGACCGAAGAUGGAUCAUCUCACAUGCUACUUAGGAGGUACUUUAGCGUUAGGCGUGCAUCACGGAUUACCAUCUGAGCACAAUGUUCUUGCGGAAGAACUUGUUAAGACUUGUUAUCAAACGUAUGCAAUCCAGCCAACGUUCCUCGCACCUGAGAUUACUUAUUUUAAUAUACAAAAAAUGGAGGGUGAAACACAAAUGGAUAUGUAUGUAAAAACAAACGACGCUCAUAAUUUACUUAGGCCCGAAUUAAUCGAGAGUCUAUUUUACAUGUGGUACUUUACGGGGAAUAAAACGUAUCAAGACUGGGGUUGGCAGAUCUUUCAGGCUUUCGAAAAUUAUACCAAAGUCGAAGGUGGCUAUACGAGCAUCGGUAACGUCCGGAAUAUUCAACACACCCGUCAGCAGGAUAUGACGGAAAGUUUCUGGUUUGCCGAAACGUUAAAAUAUUUGUACUUGUUAUUUGAUGACACUAGGCAAUUGAUAGAUUUGAAUAGGUGGGUAUUCAAUUCAGAGGGCCAUCCGUUACCAAUAUACGAAUCGUAACGCAAUAGAAACAAAAUCGAGUGACACAAAGUGAAUCCUCAUGCUUAUUUUAAAAUUGUUCCCGACUAUCUACCAAGUUUUUUAAGUGAAAUUGUCUUAAACUGUCCCGUUUCCUCCAUUAUAAUUCUUUUCUAAAAGAAAUUAUUAAUUUAUGAAGUAAACAAAACGGUCAAUUUCCUCUUUUCUCAAAUCAUCAAAAUCAAAUUUUUAUCUUAUCGAAUUCUCUAUUCUAAAAAAUUUCUCUUUAAUAUUUAUUUUUAUUAUAUUAUAUAUUAUUUUUAUUAGAAAUAACUGUUUCUAAUAGACUAUUUUUAUUUGAAAUGAAAAUGUUUUUUCAUUUGUUUCCUGACAUUGAAAUUCUUACAUAAUCACAUAACAAUUGCAAAUAAAAAAACAAAGCAAAAGAAUUUUUAGUUUAGAAAUGUAGAAUGGCUGACUUAGAAUAGAGAAAAAAUAGAAUGGAGAAAAUUGACUAAAGAGCACUUGCAGUUUAAAUUAUUUAUCAUUGGCGAAAUACAAUUUCAAAUAAUAAAUAAGUAUGCAACAUUAGCUGCGCCUACCAAAAUAUCAGACUUGCCUAAAAUGUCAAAUCAAUAAUAGAUGCUAUUAGUGUUUUAGAUUUUCAAUUGAGAAUAUGUAACUGUUGACUUUUUCUCAUUAAUAAUAAGUUUAGCAAGAAUCUUAGCACUUACUGUACUUACCUAUGUUUUUUGAAAUUUCAGUUUCACAAUUGUGUGUAACUAAAUUUGUAAGACAUGUAUCCAUGAUACAUUUAAAAAUUUAAUAUUUAUAAUUUAAUAUUGCCUUCACGUUAAAUUUCUACGUAAUAUUAUCAAACUAAUCUAGUCCUCAUCUAUGAAUAAAUUUGAAUAAAUUACACGCUA